AUGGUACGAGAACUUACUGCCUUCGACCAGGAACUGUGCCAGAACAAGGAAUUGAAUCCGCUACCCGCCCCUGCAAGGAUGUCCACACGCGUCGGUGUCGAAGCCGACUCAAGCCACACCUGCUCUGUUUACCCGAGCCACGUCCUCCCCAAGCCAACGAUGCUGGAGCGUGUGAAGACCGCAGUCCCAGCAUCCUCAGGGAACUGUUUCAAGUGUGGCAAGCCUGGCCAUUUUUAUGCUACUAUCAAGGAAAUCAACCAUAACGACCCUGAGGCAGAAGAACAAUGGGAGGAAGCCGUGGAACUUCAAUGGGAUGCGUCCCUCGAGGAAAACGAUGAGGCCUAG